CCGUGUUAAUUAAAUCACUUUCAGUUGUGAAUUGUCAUUCGAAGUGUAAGGAACCAACUAUAAGUGAAAAGUUUCGUUGUAAAAUAUGAGAAUUAAAAGUCAUACAUCACAGCCUAAAAGGGAUAAAAAUGAGAUUUUUGAGAAUCAUCGUACGGAAUCGGAAUGGACGAAAAAUGUCCCAUCGAUACCUGAAUUUUAUGCAAAUCAGGAAAUAUUCAUAACUGGUGGCUCUGGAUUUUUAGGCAAAGUUUUAAUAGAAAAAUUAUUAAGGUCAUGCAGUGAACUAAAAUCAAUUUACAUACUUCUAAGACCAAAGAAAGGAAAGCCUAUUGAACAGCGAUUGAAAGAAAUUCUAGAACUACAACUUUUUGAGCCUAUCAAGAACUACAAUCCUGAAUUAUUUAAAAAAUUAAUCCCAAUCGCCGGAGAUGUUUCAGAUAAAAACCUUGGAUUAUCAACUGAUGAUCUCAAUCGUAUGAAGAAUGUUUCAAUAAUUUUUCAUUCAGCUGCUAGUGUCCGAUUUGACGAUUCUUUAAAGGAUGCAGUCUUCAUGAAUACUCGAGGAACUUACGAAAUUAUGAAUUUUGGUAAAACUUUAAAGAAUAUUAAAGUAAUUAUGCAUGUAUCGACGACCUACAGUCACCCCGAAUUGAAAGUAGUUGACGAAUGUAUACAUCAGCCUUAUGUUGAUUGGAGGAAAACUAUUCAAAUUUGUGAGACAAUGGACGAUAAUUUGAUUAACACUCUAGCUGAAUUAUAUACCGGAUUUAUGCCAAACACGUAUACAUUCACUAAAGCUCUUGCUGAGCAAGUCGUUGAUGACCAUAAGGAUGAGCUUCCACUUACACUGUUUCGACCUUCGAUCGUUAUUUCUGCUAUGAAAGAGCCCCUUAGCGGAUGGCUUGACAAUUUUAAUGGACCUGUUGGGAUGCUUAUUGGUUCUGGAUUAGGUAUAACUCGUACAAUGUAUUGUGAUCCUGAUAAUAUUGCAGAUUUUACGCCUGUCGAUGUCUGCAUUAAAGCGAUGAUAAUUGGUGCUUGGAAACGUGCACACGAAACAAGUUAUCUGCCGGUAAUCAACUGCUGUCUCUCUAACUAUCGAAAUGCAACAAUUGAUCAAAUUAUUGAAAUGGGAAAAGCUUUUCAAUAUGAAAUUCCAUUAGGGCAGAUGUUAUGGGCUCCAGGCGGAAGUUUAACAAGGUGUCGAUACAGUAAUUACAUCAAAGUAAUUUUCUUACACAUCAUUCCAGCUAUGUUCAUUGACCAACUUUUAAAGCUAUCGGGUCGAAAACCAUUCUUGACAAAGCUUCAAAGAAAAAUUUAUCAAGCAAAUCUGGCACUUCAUUAUUUCAUCCUCAACAAUUGGCAUUUUAAGAAUGACAAUUUUAUGGAUUUAUGUUCACAUUUGAAGGAUAAAGACUUGAAAGCAUUCAACUUUCACGAUUUCUUGGAAUUUGAUUUGGUUUUGUACUUUACUCAUGCAGUCUUAGGAGGAAGGAAAUACCUGCUUGGAGAAAAGGACGAGGAUAUUCCAAGAGACAAGAAGAAAUACUACCGAAUGAUGAUAUUGGAUAGAAUUUUAAAGAUUAUUAUUUAUGGAAUUUGCUUUUGGUACAUCUUCAUUCGAUAUGAUAUUUUUGGAAUCAGUGGAUUAUAUUGCAGUCUUGUUCAACGUUAUCACUCGAAUGUCGAUUAUUGUGUUGGUUUAAUGGUGCAUGUUUAAUUUUGAUUUAUAAUAAAAAUUAUUGGUUUUGG